AUAAACAUGUUCUUGUAUUUUAAAUUCUCCUGGAGUUCUAAUGCAGUGGGCAGUGAGUCUAGAGUAUCGUUGCCGCAACAGACGUUAAAUGGGCCUGAAUAAGACUAAAUUCUAUAACAUGUCUUCUUUAAUAUUAAAGCAGCAGUAAGAAUCAAAACUGUGCUCACAAGUGAAAAAGGAACAACUAAUUUUCUUAACAGUGUUAUAAGUUUAGCUAUGUCAUAAAUUAGGUCAAAAAUUCAACAAGCUUCCUUUAUUUAUUUUUUUGGCAUAAGGGGGGUACUGUAGAAGGACCAAAGACUUUUCCGUCUUGAAAAGUAAAAUAAACAAAAAGAAAACAAAAAUAAAGUAGAAACUAGAAAGAGAAGAGCUUUGACAAAAAAAAAAAAGAAAGAGAAGAGCAUGCGAGCACGUUCGUUCGUUAAGAUCAACAACUAAAAAUGGAGGGCACAUUAUCUCCUUCCCUUCAACUCUUCAAGCCACCGUCUCUACUUUUAUUGACAAUUUACGUUUCCUUCUCCACGUUUCUCUUUGACAAACCAAAGCCAAAGCAGAGACAAAAGGGCGUUCUACCAACAUGGCCAACUCAAAGAGAUUGUUUGGCGUUGUGCGGAGGAACCUUCUCCGGCGAUCUCCCAGCAGCAUCACCACCAUUCGCUCAUCAAUCCAACAAACCACUAGAGAGAACAUUGCCGCCAUUAAAAUCCAAGCUUUCUUCAGAGGUCACCUGGGAAGGAGAGCGUUUAGAGCGCUCAAGAGUCUGGUGAAGCUUCAGGCGGUGGCGAGAGGUGUGCUUGUGAGGAGACAAGCUCGAAUAGCCUUACAUUGUAUGCAUGCUCUUGCUCGCUUGCAGGUUAGGGUUCGUGCUCGUCAGAUUCUCUCCCAUUAAAAUUCCAUGUGACACAAGACCUCAUUUGCGAUUGUGACAUCUACGUAACAUUAUUGUUCUUUCAAAUUAACUUCUUUGUGAUUUCGUAUAUGUAUACUAAUUAACCCUAACACCCUUCAAAUUAUACUGAUAAACAUUGUCUGUCUAGCUGAAACUGUCUCAAAUUUUUAUUGUUAAAAGUAAUAUAAAAUAUACAUUAUAAAAAUGAUCAAUAUAUCAUAAUGAACCAGAAUCACACGCAGCAAGAAGAGAUUUAUUAAGACUUGGAAAGGAAGCUAAUGAAGGGUUGGGUGGAGGUACCUUGGAUAGAAAAAAGGGUGAGUAAGGCUUCCUUGAAUACUCACCAUUUUGUCUACUUUGAUAUUUAAUAAUCUGGAUAUUAUAACCAAUAUACCUAAUGAGUUUACAUCAAAAAGACUAUCAACAAAGAACAUUCCAGCUUCAUUCUCAACACACACAAGCAAAAGAAUGUUGAUAUAUAUAUAGGUAGAUCUACAAGAGAGAGAGAGAGAGACGAGAGAGCACUGAGAUAUUGGCGCGGCUCAAUCAGAUAACUAAGAGAAUGCAUAUAGUACGUGUGUAAUCUGAGUGAACCAGGCCAAUAUCAAAGAGGACUCUUUCGUGCUAAAGGUGCAGAUUCAAAGGAAAACUGUCUUGUAAAACAAACAAAAAAGGAAGAAGAUAGACGUGUGAGGGGAAGUGUGAUGAGGAGAAGGUGAGAAUGUCUGUGUGGGGGAGUUAUAAAGAGAGGUAUUAAAUUAGGGUAUAUGAGAGAAGGAAAUGGAAGGUAUGGAGCAUUUAAACCACAUCUACUAACCAAUGCACUAAAGCUGGCUCACUCUCUUUACUCCCUCUCCCCCUCCUCUCUCUUUUUUUUUCAAGUUUCAUUAUAUGUAUCCAUCGUUACAAACUAAAUAGGCUAUGCAAUGUGAACCAAUACUCCUUUGUCUCCUAUGCCUUUCCUUCUUGAGGGUUCAUAACAAAAACAAAAAUAAAAAUGCAAGUUAAAAGAUUUAGAGGAAGAAGUUAAAAAGAACAUGGAAGAUGCUUUAUAAUAAAUUUUGAGGGAAUCUCUCGCAGAAAGGAGGGACACUGGCUGCCCUGCAAACCAUUAAUGUUCUUACUGCUCCUUUUUUUUGUUAACUACUUGGCCUUCUCUUUCUAUCUCUUUCUCUCUCUAUCUAUCAUUCUGCUUUUUACAACCUCAAGACAGUUAUGAACCCUAAUGACCCAUAUCUUUCUGUCUCUCUCUCUCCAUUGAAGAGAUCCUAGUUUCAAUGUCACAUUGUAAUGCCAGAGCUUUGUAAGAAGAAAACGAAUCCUAUUUUUGUCUGUGGUUAUGAUGGGUGGGGGUGGCAAAAACUAUUGCACACCCAUAUUUACUUUUCUCUCUAGCUCUACAUUAAAACCUCUCAGGUCCACCACCAUUGCCAUAAAUUUAUGCAGAAACACACUUUAUCUCUCUCUCUCUCUCUCUCUACCCAAUUGUAUUUUCUUAAGAUUUAACACAAUAUACCAAAACUUACCUGCUCUUGCUCUAUAGGUUUUCAGCAUGUUUCAUUCUGUAUUUUCCUUAUUACUAUUUUUGGGAUAUAAAUCACCUUAUGGUUUUGUUACCGUUGAGUAUCUUAAUAUCGAUGUCUCAAUAUUAAAAGUAACACCAAGCCAGUAAAAAUGGAAGAAUAUUAUGUAAAAAGGCUAAGAAUACACACGUCGAGUUCAAGGUAUACUUGUUUCAAAUUUGCGCAGAUUUAAGCUUCAACUUGGUACCAAAGCAAGUAGAGAAGCUGGGUAAGCUUCCUUUGUUCCCUUACACAAGAUGAGUAAAAGAAUCAGAAACAAUUAAGACGUACAAGUGAGUUUAAGUACAUCUUUUUUUAUAUAGUAAACUAACAAAAUAUGCAACCAUGUAUGCAGGCCCGGGUUUGACCCCAUACAUGUGAUACAUCAGUAUGGAGCCUAUUAUUUAUUUAAACAUUUUAGGGCCUAAUUAUUCAAUGUUGUUAUUUGUUAACAUAUCAAUAUAUUAUGUGUUAAUGUGUUCGAUAAGUUAAUAAGGUGAUGGACCAUCUCUAAAUAAAAGACAACUAAGUUUUAUAUAGCCUUUCGUAUUAUUUAAUAUGAGUGGAUUAAAAGGAAUAUAAUAAUUUAACAUAAUUGUCUUCAAUGUUAUCGAUUAAAAGAAAUAGAUCAAAGAUCAAAGCAUUUGAUUAUGAAAGUUUGAUAGAUGAUUUUGUAGGAAAAAAUGUAAAAACCCAAUAUUUAAGAAUUGAUAAAAAAAUUUACUAGUUUUAAAAAUAUUGUAAUUUUUAAUCAUAAAUUUGAUUUUUUUUAUCGACAUUUUUUUUAUGUAUUAUCUAAAGGUUUCAUUUUUAUAUUUCGUAUUGGACCAUGAAUA